AUUUAACACUUAUAUCAUAACUUUAUUGAGCUUACAUCAUCGUGCGCAGAUGAUUUACUAAACAACAACUGAGUGUAUAUAUCUAUAACUGUCAGGUGUUUGUUUCGAAAUCAGGAAAAACCUCCCCCCAAAAAACAGACCAACAAAAACACAUUUUAAAAACUAAGGAUAUACCAUGUAUUUUUAAACUCGUUUUACUUCAACUGUUUUCGACUAGGUGCAAUUUAUAAACGGAGUAAUAAAUACAAUUCAAAGUUGGUCAAAUUACUACAUAUAUUAAUCAGCGAGUCACCUGAGCGAUUGACAAAGCAGUCUUCGAUUAUUUCACUCCUUUAUAACAAGGCUACGAUAAGAUGGCUGUGUUCAUUGCUUUAAUUGCGAUCUUUAUCGUGUUGUUAUACAUCUAUGGAAGGUGGAACUUCGGUGCACUGAAGGCAAUUGGUGUAGAUGGACCCGAACCAGUAGUGUUUAUGGGUAACUUGAUUGAAAUGGGCAAACGGAACAUCCAUUUCUGUUUCUGUCAUUGGCAAAAGAUCUAUGGAGAUACAUUUGGUGUUUAUUUUGGCUGUUAUCCGCAAGUAGUCUUUCAUGAUCCAGAAGCUUUGGAAGAAAUCUAUGUGAAAAACUUCUCCAAUUUUACUAACAGACCAGAUAUGUUCUUCAUAAAUGAAUAUUUUGAAAGUAUGGUUAUGAUGGCCAGAGACGAACACUGGAAGUUUCUUCGGGUUACUUUGUCCCCAUGUUACACAGGAAAACAACUGAAAGGAAUGACGAUGUUAAUGAAGAAACCAACUGAAAAUUUGUUGAAGAUUUUCAGCAAAUUUUCUGAAAGUGGACAGGAAUGUAAUGUGCAAGAUGCAUUUAGUAAAUACACGCUGGACAACAUCGCUGCCGUGGGGUUUGGUGUUGAGAUAAAUUCUUCAGAACAGGGUGGUCAUCCUCUAGUGAAAAAUGCUUUGAGUGUGGUGAAUAAACAGAACGAACUACUCAUUACACUAAUUUCCACUGUAGCUCCUGGUUUGGUAAGCUUUCUCGCCAAACUGAAGGUUUUAGAUUACUUUAACAAAAGAGGACAUCUUCUUGCAGAAUUUUCUAAACAGCUUCUGGAGACUCGAAGACAAAAUCUCAACCCUAAUGUACGUUUCUUUUUUAUCUCUUUCGCUUCCCUUAUUUGCUUUGUUUCGAUUAAUAACAAUUUCCUGUUUUUCUGUCUGUCUAGGAUUUGUGUAAAUAAAACAAAACAUGUCUGCUAUUUCUCAGGUAUCACCGAUACAGAAAUAAUUGCACAAUGCAUAAUCUUUUUCCUGGCUGGUUAUGAAACUACUGCUUCCACAUUGACAUUCUUCGCACGUUGCAUGGCUUUUAACCAAGACAUCCAAGAAAAAGUCUACAAAGAAAUCAUGGAAGUGGUCGGAGAUGAAUUCCCAACAUAUGAAUCUAUUCAGCAGUUGAAAUACCUUGAAAUGUGUAUGGCAGAGUCUUUAAGGCUAUAUCCUUUGAUAUCAAUUCUUCAGAGAGAAUGCAAGAAGGACUGCGUCAUCAAAGGGGUGAAAAUUCCCGCAAAUAUGUCCGUCAUCCUGCCGAUCCGUAGUUUACAUUACGACGAAAGAUAUUGGACCGAUCCUACCAAGUUUGAUCCGGAAAGAUUCAGUGAAGAAGGCAAAGCACGGCAGACCCCGUUUACUUAUACCCCUUUUGGAAGUGGACCCAGGAUCUGCAUUGGCAUGAGACUGGCCAAGCUGCAGUUCAAAGUGGCUGUUGUUGAAAUGUUCAAGAAAUACAGAGUGGUCACAACAGAAAAAACUGAAGAUCCAAUCGAGUAUGCUUCUACCGACGUGCUGUCAACCAAAAAUGGAGUUUGGCUCAAGUUGGAACCACGUAAAAGCUUAUAGAGUUUGAAACAGAGGAGCUGCACAUGGACUUGAACCAAAAAUAUGAAGUCUCAAAUGCAAUAGAAUAUAUUUCUUAAAUUAAAUUUUAUUUGAUCCUUGUGUGUGCACAGGGUAUGCAUUGCCCCACCGAUGCCCUUUUUUUUUCUUUCAUUUAUAUUGUUUUAAAUUAAUUAUGCAUUAUCUUGUAGUUAAGAGAUUUCAAUUAUGGGAUUGUUUAGUUUUAGAAUGACAUUGUAGGGUAGGUGGGAGAGGCCAGAUCUGCCAGAUUCAACAUAAAACAGGUCAAAUAUUUUGACCAAAUUUGGCCGAUUUAUAUGCUAAAGGGUUAGUCAAAAGCAGUCUAUUUCUAACAGAAAUAUAAUAAAAGUGUUAAAAUAAUUUUAAUUAAAACCAUUCAUUAAAAUUUCAUCUUAAUUUAUAUUCCAAAUAUUAUUUUUAAAUGACAGAGUUAUUUUAAUGAGUUCCACAUUAUUUUCAAAAUUAAUUUAGACAAAGUGUAUUUCAACAGAAAUAUGAUAAUAAAAGGGUGGUCUUAGAAUCCGGGUGGUCUUAGACAGGCAGAUAUUAAACCUUUUGUUAGAAAAUUUUUGUUGAAUUACACAUCAAUUCAAUUAAUUUUAAAAAUAGUGAAGAAUUCAAUAAAAUAAAUUUUAGCUGGUGUUUUGAACAUAAAUUAACAUAAAUUAACAUAGAUUUAACAUAGAGGGUUUUAAUAUAGAUCAUUUUGAAAUAGGAAGAUUGCAUCAUAAAUCCAGAGGAUGGUCAUGUGUGCACUGAUAUUAAAAGAAUUAAAGAAUUUUCUCGUAAAUAAUGUUUCUAAAUUUUUCUAAAAUAUUUCUAAAAGCUCUAAAAAUUUCAAAUAUAAACUUAAUGCUUUUAAACAGAACGAAAAAAAAAUUAUUUUCUUUAAUAUGUAUAUUCCUAAUAUAAUAAAGUCACAUUUUUCUUUUAAACUGUAUUUUUAUAAAAUACAAUUUUUCUCAAUUUCUGUAUUAUAAUAUAAAUAAAAUACCAUUUUCUGAACAAAUAA